AUGACGGUACGACUGCCAUAUGUUAGGACUUGCUUCAGUGCCCUUUUACAUAGGACAUACUCUACGAAGGUAGCUCGAUUAGAUAAAGGUUUUAUCCAGGUGCAAGGUCCAGAUUCGACGGAAUUUCUUAACGGCUUGAUUACAACGAUGCUUUUGCCAACGUUUACCAAGAAAAAUCAGCACACAAUCACCAACAAAGACUUGCAACUGGAAGGAAUAUUGGCCAAACAGAUUCAAUUAACUCCAGAAGAAAUUAAGGAAACAAAUUGGGGAAUAUUGCACGAAGAUUCCUAUCUAAGCGACGAAGAUCCCAUGAAACUAGGGAUCCGACGGGAUGGGCUCUAUACCCUAUUUUUAAACUCCCGAGGCAGAGUGUUCUCUGAUGCUUUUAUUUACCCCACGCCUUUAAUUAUGGAAGAUUCUGAUACAAGUGAGCCGUCAUAUCUGGUAGAAGUUGACCAUAAAAUAACGAACCAGCUUUUUAUGAUGAUGAACAUGCACAAAUUGACGGCUAAGAUAAAACUUACCAAACCAGAAUUGAAAAGUUGGUAUAUUUAUAGUGAGAAAGAGAUAUUUGAAAACUAUAUUUAUAAGAUUCAAAAUACCUUUUUCAAUAAUGCUACUUCCACAGAUCCCGAAACAGCCAAUAUUUCAAUGCAAGAGUUUAUCAGAUCAAGGGCGUUGUUGGAUUCCUACAGUGAUGACGUGAAAGGAUUUGCCAUUGACAAUAGAUCACCCUAUUUUGGCUUAAAGCUAGUCACUGGAACUGCUCUUGAACUAUCCCAACUGUCGCCUUUACGUAAUCUUGAUGAAAUUCAUAUGGCCAGCAAUUCCUCAGAAUAUAAACUGCGUCGUAUAAUCAACGGUAUUGUAGAGCCUGCUGACUUAGAUAUGGAACAUUCAGUGUUACCGUUUGAACUUAAUGUGGAUUUCACAAAUGGGAUCUCAUUCGAAAAAGGAUGUUACGUCGGGCAAGAACUAACCACUAGAACCUAUACCACUGGUAUAAUCAGAAAACGUAUCAUGCCUAUCAAGCUGUAUGAUCUGACUACCAUUGAUAAGGAAUCCUUGAAAGACACGAUUUCUAUUGAGGGCGACAAUUUUGAGCCUUUACUCAAAUCAUGUCGGGAUAUUAAGAUUAUUAACGAAAAUGAAAGUGAAGCUGAGCAACCACAGGAAGAGACCCCGUUUGCUACAUCACCUUUCGGAAAUUCUCCCACCAAAAGAGCAUCUAAGCGGAAGAGAUCCGAAGUUGGAAAGCUUCUUCAUAUGGAAAAGAAUAUUGGUCUUGCGCUGGUAAACUUGAAACACAUAACGCCUGACAAUUCUAUCGGACAUAACGAAUUCAUCCUAGAUACUAAGGUUGAUGGAAAAACAAUUGGUGUGAAAGUUUUUAUUCCUGAUUGGUGGCCAGAAGAUGCAUUUGAGUGA